UGAAAUCGGGUCGACGUUUUUGGUCUUAAUCGCAAGAAUGGCACGUCAUUUAAUUUUUACUGGCGCUGGUAAAGCGAAAAUACCACGUAAAUUUUAAUAAACCGGAAAAUAAGCAUUUUAAGGUGCCCCUGGUGAGCGUCUCCGGAACCUCGCUUCGUGACGUCAAAGACCUCAGAGACCUCGCGCAGCUGCCUCAGGAGACGCGAAAAAUCACAACUUUGUUGGUUUGCUGUCACCUGUGACCUGCCGCGUUUACCUCGAGCUCGGUGGCGUGGUUAUGGCGACACGUGCGUGCGCCAAGAGCGGCAGCAGCAGCAGCAGUAGCUGCAGCGGGAGCGACGCAGUACCGUCGGAUGAGGAGCGCGAGCACCUGCCAGCGAAGAGGCGUAAGGUGCUGCCUUACGCCUGCGACCCGUCCGCGACGUCGGACAGUAAUGAAACUUCAACGGAGCCAGCAGCGGAGUCCUCGCCAGACGCUCUGCCGCGAAGUGACAGGCGGCGGCUACUCAACACACGCUGGUGCUGCUGCGAAUCCCGGUGUGGCACCAUGUCCACACCAGUGGAAAGUGUGUGCUGCAAGGAGCAGUGCAAGGUCAAAGAGAAGGCUGGGAGCCUUCCCUGCAUCACGGCACACAGGCUCUUCGAGCUGUACUGCCUGGACAGGGAUAUCCUGGACCUAGAGUACAGGAAGCUGAGAGUCUGCCGGCCUCUCAGCACAAGAAACAUAAAGGAGAUAAAUGCUAAGUACAGGUACACGGCAUACUGCCAAUUUGUUUGGUGGAUACACGGAAGGCUCGGAAAGGAGAACCGGGUCACCUUGCCCAGCUGCGUGGUGACCAGGGUCCGCAAAGAGUUCCCCGCCCCGAACCCUGCAGACUACACGGGCUUCAAGCAGUCAAAGUGCCGACCAACCGCUCAAUGCUAUGCGGACGCGAUCGACCUUCAACAGCAGCGGUUCGGCAAGCAAGAGACUCUGGUACACAACCACAUGGAAAGUCUGAUGGACAUCCAGAAGGUACCACUACAGGGCAAUGCCCGAACCCUGCGUCGUUUGUACGACAGUCUUCAGGCGCACAUCUGGGGACUUGGAGUACUGGGUGUGGGCAAGGAAUCCUACUGCGCCAUGCUCUACUCGCUCCUACUGCGAGCACUACCGAAGGACAUGUCCCUGGAUUACAACCGGAAGAUGUCGUUGGAGGACACCAAGAACGCCACCGCAGUGACGGGCACCAGUCCCGAGUCUCCAACAGAGAAUGUUCAUCUAAGAGCUCUACAGACUCUACUCAAAUUUAUUCGAGUUGAAGUCGAGAGCUGGGAAAGGACGUCAGAGGAACAAGAGGACGACUUUGGCGGUAAGCCUGCAAUUCGUUUCCCUAAACAAGAACUGCCGAAGAAACUUUCAAACUGCACAAACCUUCGAAACUCUACCGCAGCGGCCUUGUAUGGCAAGACUGAAGGCUUAGAGUGUUAG